UUUCUACAUUGGUGCUAUAAUACUUGGCUGCCACCAGUCCAUCAUUGUAGCAACUAGCCGACAACCGAGAAGGGACCAGUUUUUUCUUACUCAAUGUAGCCUUCUUUGCUUCGAGCGCCAGGAAUUCCUCCCAACCCCACCACCUGCCAUUUUUGUAUUUAUAUUGGGAAUAUACACCUGCCUUCUUUGCCGUUACGGAUCCCAGAUUUCCCAUACGCACCAUAGUUUGGGUCCAAUAAAAGUUCAAGAAAGAUCAGAUUUUUAUUCAAUUUUUCAAACCAAUCCAUGUCCUUAAUCACCACUGUUGCUAGGCAUUAAUGUUAUAGGAGUACCAAGUAUUUUGGAGGAGGAGAAUAAACAGAAAAAAUGGUUUCUUUAAUUGAGAUUAACGAAGAGAGAGGAGGAAGGAGGAGGAGCAGCAGAGGCAGUAAUUAUAGUUCUACUAAUGGUACAAGUGCUGGUGCACAGAGUACUACUACUAGCAGGAGUGGUAGUAAUGGGAGUGAGAAAAUGAGGAAAUUGUUAUUGGGAAUCGGAUUUUGGGUGCAGGGAUUGAGGUGUUUACCAUGGCUUGGGGUGAAUUUUUUCCUGAAAGAUGGGCUGAGAGUAGACCCUGCUACUUCGCAGAUUCUUCAGAAUUCUGCUACCUUGCCAAUGGUGGCCAAGCCCCUUUAUGGUAUCAUCUCUGAUUCAUAUUAUAUCUUUGGCCAGCGUCGAACUCCCUAUAUUGCUAUUGGAGCUAUUCUACAAUCAAUUUCUUGGCUUGCUAUAGCAUUUCUUUCCAGAACAAGUAUCUCAUUCUUCAUGGUCACGUUUCUUCUCCUCCUUGGCAACUUUGGUGCUUCAAUAGUGGAGGUUGCAAAUGAUGCAAUUGUUGCAGAGACUAGUAAACAGCCUGCUUCAUCGAAGAACUCAAAACCUUCUUCCUCUGGCAAGCUUCAGUCAUUUGUCUGGAUGGCCUCUGCCAUUGGUGGAGUUGCAGGAAACCUCCUAGGUGGUGUUGCUAUUGAACAUUUUUCUCCUCAAGUAAUAUUCUGGAUGUUUGGCAUUAUCCUCACAAUCCAGUUUCUCAUAACUGCUUUCAUUCAUGAAAGCUUUCUAAACCUCCCAAAGACUUCAUCCAGUUUGGGGAUAAAAAACCAACUUUCAGAACUCCUGGCUGCACUGAGGAAACCCGAGAUCUUUUACUCAAUAGGUUGGUUUGCAGCAACUUAUGCUAUAGUUCCUUCAUUGAUAGGCACUAUGUUUUACUAUCAAACAGAACAUUUAAAGAUUGAAUCAUCUGUCUUGGGGAUAUCUAAGGUAGUGGGUCAGGCAGCUAUGCUUCUCUGGGGUGUCAUCUAUGAGAAAUACCUCAAGUUGGCGCCCCCGAGAAAAGUAAUCUCAUCCAUUCAGGUUACCCUGGCCGUUUUCAUGCUAUCGGACAUUUUAUUUGUGAAGGGCGUAUACAGAGCAAUGGGAUUUCCAGACUCUCUAUAUGUGGUGGUUUUCUCAGGAGUUCUUGAGGUUUUGUUCUUUAUGAAAAUUCUUCCUUUCUCAGUAUUAAUGGCUCAACUCUGCCCAGCAGGAUGUGAAGGAUCUGUCAUGGCAUUUCUCAUGUCAUCCAUUGCCCUUGCCCUGAUAGUGAGCGGAUACUUUGGUGUUGCGCUUGCUUCCUACUUCAGCGUCACGGGUAACGACUUCUCAGGCCUCCCAGUGGCCCUUCUUAUACAGGCAGCAUGCACAGUUCUACCACUUCACUGGUCUUACUUUGUUCCUGAUGCUGUGAAGUCCAAGACUAAUGCCAAAGAAAAGUGAGCAGCAGGCUUGGAUCAAUGUCCAGCGUUUAUAUGUGCAAAUCAAUCCGCUAUUUCUUUAAGGAAUUCUUUGUAUUAUAGAUUUAGUUCACUUGGCUGCGGAUGAGGAAUGUAUAUUUUGGUCCAAAGAACUCAAAAGGCCGAGAGUAUCUCAUCUUAUAUUUGAUUUAAUAUUACAGAUAAUUCCUCUCAGUCUCAGA